AAUCUCAUUCGCUUUCACAUUCUGAAAAUCACCUCCAUAAUCUGACAUCCAUGGCUACACAACAUAUACUAUAAUAAUUAUUUUUUCUUAUUCCUCUUUUUCCUAUCCAACUUUUUAAUGCUUACCCUUCACUCUUCAACCCCUCCCUCCCAACAACUCCCUACCCACAACGUGCCUCUUUCACGCACACACAGAGAAAAAGUAGUAAACAAUGUUGUUCUUGUUUUGAGAUUUUCUUGAUCUCAUAAAGGUGCUGUCUUUUUACCUGCAUUGUUGUAUUUUGGGUUAGUUUAUGAUUUUAUACUAAAUGGGGUUUGUUUCUUUUGUUUGAUUUGAGAGAAUGAGAAAGCAAUAGGGCAGUAGAAAUUUUUCUGCUAUGGAGUCUGCCUUAUCAGGUCUUGUUAUCGAUCCCUGUAAAUUUAGCCAAUUGAGUAUGGAAGAUAAAAGGCAAUUAGUACAUGAAAUUUCUCAAUGCCCUGAAGAUUCGCCGAAGAUCUUGAGUUCGUUGAGCAGAAAAGAACUUCUAGAGAUUAUAUGUGCUGAGAUGGGCGAAGAGAGAAAAUACUCUGGCUACACAAAAUUCAAAAUGAUAGAUCACCUUCUAAAGCUGGUUUCCUGUAAGUCUAACACAGAUACUGGUCCUGCCUUCAAACGGCUGCGGAAGCAAGAAUAUCAAUGUCAACCUUCCGUUCAGAAUGAUGAAGUUAUUUGGGAGAUGGAAAGCAAAACCCAGGUCCUACUCUGCCAUAAUCUGGUAUGUAGAGCUACUCUUGAAAGAGAUGACGUUUUCUGCAAAAGAUGUUCUUGCUGCAUUUGUCAUCAGUACGAUGAUAAUAAAGACCCUAGUUUGUGGUUAACCUGUGAUUCCGAUUCUCAAGAUGAAACUAAGCCAUGUGGAUUGUCAUGUCAUCUAAAAUGUGCACUUGAGCAUGAACAAUCAGGCAUAUUGAAGAAUUGCAUCAAUCCAAAAUUGGAUGGAGAUUUUUAUUGUGUUUCUUGUGGAAAAGUUAACGGGCUAAUGAGAACCUUGAGAAAACAAUUGAUGACAGCAAAGGAGGCAAGAAGAGUUGAUGUGCUGUGUUUAAGAAUCUCUCUAAGCCAUAAAAUCCUGGAGAAAACUGAGAAAUACAAAGGACUGCUGAAAGUUGUUGAAUCGGCUGCUGAGAUGUUGAAGAAUGAAGUAGGGCCUCUUGCUCAGGCAUCAGAGAAAAUGGAUCGCAGGAUAGUGAAUAGGCUUUCUUGCGGCACUGCAGUUCAGAAGCUGUGUGGCUCUGCAGUGGACACUUUUGAUUCCAUGUUUCAGAAUCAAUACUCUAAUCAUAUGAAAAAUGAAGAGACUCGGAUGUCUUGCAGGAUACAUUUUGAGGAGCAAUCUCCAUCUAAAGUAACGAUUGUGUUCGAAUAUAAUGAUCAUAUGUUGAACGAACUUAUGGGCUUCAAAUUGUGGUAUCGAAAGUCCACAGUCAACAGAUAUCCAGAUGAGGCAACUUUUAUUGCACUAAGCCCUGUGAAGAGAUUUAGGCUGGAUGGUCUUGAUCCUUCGACACAGUACUUCUGCAAGGUUUCUUUCUUCAGCAAGGCAGCGACUUUGGGGGGUCAGGAAGUGAAUUGGAUAACACCUGCUGUACAGACAAGCUACAAGUCAGGUUCAGAUAAUGCAACUAUAGAUAGUACACUGAUGCAUGCUGAGUCAAUGAGUUCUACUGACUACAAACUAACAACUUAUGAUCCAAAACCAUGCUCCCUGAAUGACAUUGAAAGCCAAGCUAAUGCAUUUCCUAUAUCCCCUCUUCCCAAGAGGAACAUUCCUUUAGCUAGUCCACUUUCAAGCGCACCUGCCACACCUUGCCAAACUAAUGGAUCAAAGGAAGUGCAAUUGAAUGGCAUAGGACAAGUGAAGGAAAGUGAUUAUGAGUACUCUGUAGGGAUCAUCAAAAAGUUGGAACAUGAAGGGCUCAUAGAAACAGAUUUCAGAGUGAAGUUCUUGACUUGGUUCAGCUUGAAAGCCACAACACAAGAGAGAAAGGUAGUUCGAGUCUUCAUAGACACCUUCGUCGAUGACCAUUCAAGUUUGGCAGGGCAACUCAUGGAUACAUUCAUGGAUGAGAUAUGCAGGGAGCAGAAAGUUGACCUACAUGCACUCUACAGUAGAUUAUGGCAUUAAACAAGCAUCUACUUUCUGAAAUUAGCUAGGGAAUGCAAUUUGCACAGUUGAUUUGAUGCUACUAACCAAUCUUUGACAUCUUAUGCUCUGAAAAUUAUUCUUGUGAAUCAUAUCCGUAGCCGUAACCGCUAGAGAUAAAAGAGGGGCGAAUCUCUUUUGUGCAUGAAA